UAUAUAUUAUCUCCUCUUCUCCCUCAAUAUAUUUAUUUUCCCAUAGUAUAGGAUUUCUUUCUCAAAUUUAGACCAAGGGGUAAUUUUAUUUAAGAUAAGAGAAAUGAAGUUUGGGAAGAGAUUGAAGCAACAAAUUGAAGAAACAUUACCAGGGUGGGGUGACAAGUUCUUGUCAUAUAAGGACUUGAAGAAAUUGGUGAAGUUGAUAUCUUCAUGUGCUCCACCAAUGAUGAGUGGGUCAUUGGAAUAUGGUAAGGCAGAGGCUGAGUUUGUGUAUUUGUUGAAUAAUGAGAUUGACAAGUUCAAUGCUUUCUUUAUGGAACAAGAAGAGGAUUUCAUUAUUCGACAUAAGGAGUUGCAACAGAGGAUAGGGAGAGUGAUUGAUACUUGGGGCCCAAAUGGGAGUCAACCCUCUGAGACUGAUUACAAAGAAGAAUUGGCAAAGAUCAGAAAAGACAUUGUUGAUUUUCAUGGUGAAAUGGUCCUCUUAAUCAACUAUAGUAACAUCAACUAUACAGGGUUGGCUAAAAUACUGAAGAAGUAUGACAAGAGAACAGGAGGAUUACUGCGGUCACCGUAUAUACAGAAGGUGCUACAGCAGCCAUUCUUCACAACAGAUCUGAUAUCAAAGCUGGUAAAAGAGUGUGAAAGCACCAUAGAUUCAGUGUUUCCACCUCCUUGUGAUGAAGAAAGAACACUAGUAUUAGGAUCAGCAAAUAUAGGGGUUGCAGGGGAAGGAAUAUUUAGGAACACAGUAGCAGCUCUUCUCACUAUGCAAGAAAUCAGAAAAGGCAGCUCUACUUAUGGCCGUUUCUCUUUGCCACCGCUCAACUUGCCUGAAACUGAUGUAAUUCAGUCAAAUUCCUUGCAGAUUAAUUCUCCCAUAGCUAUACCCUAGCAAGUUUUAUGCAUUAUAUAUGUUGCACACUUGCACUUAUAUAUCAGUAUUUAUUAGCAGUAACACGAUUGUCUUUUUUAAUUUGGUAGUAGUAUGUAAACUAACUAGUGAUGGUAUUAUGUAAGCAAGUUGUUUUAAUUAA